CUUAGCCUUUCGUCGCUGUCUGUCUUGACGACCAGCGUGUAUUCGUUGUCGUCUUCCUCGUCGCUCUCGCCGUCGGCCGGGCCUUGACCGUUUCAUCCCCUCGAGAGUCGCGUCCCCGACUCUGCGUUAUCGCCAGUUCACGACUCUCCCGCUGUUUCUCGCUCUCCGUUUCUCUCUCUCUCUUUUCCUACUCGAUAUUUUUUCAGAUCGCUUUCUCACUCGAUGGCCACCACUGCUCGGCAACCCAAGUCUGCGAGGGGGAGGGGUGGCGCCCCGGACGGUAGCCGACGACCCUCAGCCUGGGGCUCCGGCGGUCGCGCAUCCCCUGCCUUCUCACCGGCCUCGAACCCCGUCCGACUCCCUACCAGCCCCCAAGGCGGUGCCUUCCCGCCCUUGAACCAGCCGAACGGCACCCGCACCCCCGACGCCAGUGAUCGUAUUCUACAGGCAUUGUCCGGUUUAACUGGAACGACCGUCACGCUCUCGACCAAGACUGCGCAACGAUAUGAGGGGACCAUCGCCUCCACCAGCGGUGAGGGUGAUACAACGGGUGUUACGCUCAAAGACGUCAAGGAGGUUACGAAUCCUGGGGCGCCCCUGAGGGACCGCUUAUUUAUCGCUUCAACUAACAUUGACACAUGGGCGUCAGGACCAGCAGACGCUCGUCCCACAAACGGUGACACGUUCAAGACGGAUACCGACAUCAGCCAAAAAGCGGCUCCUCGCCGGGAACGCGAGCUGCAAGCGUGGGCGGAUUCCCCUCUCCCGCCGGGUGGCCUGAACGCCCACCUCACCAACACGGACGACCUCACGUUUGGGCCUGGGGCUUCCAGCACUGGCCUGAAAUGGGAUCAGUUCACCGUGAACGAGACUCUGUUCGGUGUCAAGACGGACUUUGACGAGAACCUCUACACAACUAAGCUGGACCGCUCGCGUCCGGACUUUAAGGAGCGAGAGCGGGAGGCUCAGAGGAUCGCCAACGAAAUCAUGGGGGCUACUACCAACAAUCCACAUAUUGCGGAAGAGCGGACUCAGGACUUGGCGGAUGGAGCCGGUGGCAAUGAGGAGGACAAGUACGGUGCAGUCGUCCGUAGUGCUAAUGCAUACGUACCCCCGGGUGCCCGCAAACCAGGACAGGGCCCACCUUCAGGUUCUGCGGCACCCAAGACCGAGAUCCCCAAAGUCUCCGUCAAUGCACCGGACGGUUCUGUCCAGCAAGCACAGCCGGGUGGCACGCCGCCGAAGGCAACUUCUCCGGCUCCGGCUGGGUCAUCGCAGACUCAGACGAACAAGCCGCCUGCCGAUCCGCUGCCCGCAUUCAGGCAGUUUGUCACGACUGAGAAGGAGAGGCUUACGCAGAAGAAGCAGGCGCUGGUGAAGAAUGAGUUGGACAAGCGAAGGGCAGAACUUCUCAAGUUCAGUCAGAGCUUCAAGCUCAACAAACCCAUCCCUGAAGACCUGGUGUCUAUCCUGGCCAAGGACGAGGAGAAACAGCGUCAGAUCCGGGAGAAGUCUGCUCGCGAUGCUGCGUCGGCCCAGGCUCGCGCCAUUGGCACAUCAACGACGUCGGUUAUGAACCCGUCACCCUCGUCGCGGUUGCAGCAGCCAUCCCCCGCUCAGACCCCGAAACUGUCGGCCGUCAAAACCACGGCUGGAGCCGGUGCGGCGAAGCCUACGCUUCCGGCCUCGACAUCUGCCAGUGCAGCUGUGUCUAAGGCGGCUGUGAAGACGGACAGUGCCAAGCGAAUUUCGAUGUACAUCCAACCCAUUCCACCGUUCAAGGGCAAGAAGUCCACGCCAAAUGGAAAUGGUCAGGCUCCCGCGAGUGCGGCGAGCUCGACGGGUGCAACUACUGGUGGUGCAGCGCCGCCAUCUCCUAAUACCGCUCGGCUAAGUGUGAAUGCUCCGUCCUUUAAGCCAAACCCCAAGGCCGUGGCUUUCACGCCUACAACAACAUCUCCCAACCCCUCGGCCAGCCCUGCGUCGCCCAAGGGCAAGGGUGUGGACAAUUCUGCUCCUCCAAACCCAUUCUUUGGCCCUCGUGUCAUCAAGAAGACCCCUGCUGUGUCGAUCAGGGACGACUUCAACCCUUUCAAAUACAACAAGGUUGCGGAAGCGUCGGCCGUCAAUGCGCUCUGGCCGUAUAACGGCAAGCGAUACAUGCUUAUGUUCCCUCCGGUCACCGUCCCUCCUCAACAGCAAUCUCCUCACAUCCCUCCUCCUGGCCCUCCGCCCAUGCCGCCUCAGUCAUACGAAGAAGACCCUACACAGGCUCCUCAAGCUCCUCGUGGAUUUGUCUACGCUUACCCACCUUAUGGAUACCCCGGCCAGCCUAUGAUGCCAGGUAUGCCACCUCCACCUCCAGGCUACAUGCCCGGCCCCCACAUGCAACAUAUGGCCUAUCCUUAUGCACUCCCUCCAAACGCAAUGUACGCCUCGCCCCAGAUGGGGCAGAUGCCACCGCCUCAAGCGUACAUGCCACCGCCGCCUGGUUACCCUGCUCCGAACGGUGCUGCUCAUCGACCUUCAAUGCCCCCCACUCCCAUCCCCGCUCACGCGCAUCCAUACUAUCACCAGAGUCCCCAGCUUCAACACGCCGUGCCGUAUCCUAUGAUGAUGCAGCCUGGAAUGCCUCCCCACGGAUACGAAGCUGCACCCACAGCACCGGCCCCGCCAGUGGGAAUGUAGAUCGUCCAGGUAUCGUCCACUCCAUGGGCUCAAAGUCGCUUUCAUGUAGCUAUUGUUCGGUGGGAAUACGAUCGCACUUUGAUGAGCUCCAUAAAGUAAAAAGCAAAAACAUGAAGGUGACAUGAGUAAACAUCAAUACGCCGUGACAAAAAUGACAUGAAACAUCUACAAGCAUCUCAGCUAUUCACAAACUUCUCUAUCUUCUUCAGCAGGGCCCGUAAUGAACCCGAACUUCGAUCGCAAUUCUUCUCUAACCAUGCCUCCAUCUCCUUCCUCAAUACACUGAUCUCCUCGCAGAGUGGCAGUUUACCGUCCUCGCGAACGAAGCAAGGAUUCAGCAGAAGGUCGAACAGACGACUCCACAAAUCAGUGUUCCAGUAGCGCUUGAAGGGAGUGGACAGCUUGUAUCGGCAGCCC